AUGCUUCAUUAUAAGCUAAAAUUUCAUCUUUAUUUAAUUUCAGUUAUGGACUUAAAGCAAAAACUUGAGUAUCAGCAAGGCGUUGAAGAGUAUUUGGAGUCCAACGAUGUGUAUGAACUUUUUGAGUAUCUUUUGAAAGAGCUUCUCAUAGAUAAACCAGAUGAUCCAAUUGAUUUUCUAAUUCAUAAACUCGAAAAUCCUCGUCGGCGGCGACUCUUCCUUACAGGAGGUAUCGGCAGCUCUCGUCGCAUGGUAGCCCGCGACUUGGCCUCACGGUUCCGAGUCGAGUCCGUUAACGUUUACGACCUCCUGAAAAACGAAGUCAAAAAAGCUGGAAAACACGCCGAAGGAGUCCUUACAGCUUGGCGUCAAGGCACUUAUGUCCCAGACGAACUAGUACUUGAUAUUUUAAUGCCAGUUCUUGAAGGCUUAGAAAAACAAGGUAAAAGCUACAUCUUAAAUGGCUGCCCACGUACCCGAGUCCAAAGUCUGGCACUCCAAAGAGCAGGGAUAAUCCCAGACCGCAUUGCAAUUUUAACUGCAGACGAAAAUGCUUAUAAAGAAAAAUUUAGACAGAAUUUCAUUGAGUCGCAAGAAGUAAAGCCUUUAGAUGACAGCGUAGCUGAUGAAGCUUCACAAAGAGCUUUGGAAGAGCUUACAUAUAACUUAAAUGGAGUUAAGGAUGUAUACGAAAAUCAAUGGCAUGAAAUAGAUGCAGCCGGGCCUGUUGAUAAAAUAGCUGACAGAGUGGCAAAAAUUUUCUUAAUGAAAGUUAAGCUAAAGGUUAUGUCUCAUAAGCGGGCAAACCCACUAGCCAUCGCCCAACUUGACUUACAAAGGUCGCCAUUUGGAUUUCCUCCCCGAGUUGCCGGUCUACGGAAUCUACCUUAGAUAGAGCCACCGUCUGUAGAGUGCCCGAUAGCCCAUUGAGAGAAAUCGUCUUUUAGGCAAAAUUGUCUAGAGCAUCAGGUGUAGAGGAAAACCUUUGGGAGAAAAAAAAAUUCUCUGCUUCGCAAACCUAAAGGCCUACUUCAAGGACAGAGGCCCUGUUUUCAGCUUCAUCAUGAUGGUCCUACCUGCUUCAUAGAAUUAUUUCUAUCUUUAAUGAAAGGAAGGUCUAAUGCUCCAAGAAGGCCUCCUAAAGUGAUUUUAUUAGGGCCUCCAGGUUCAGGAAGAUCAUCUCAAGCCCAAAAUUUAGCUGUCAGAUAUGGCCUCUCACUAGUCUCAACAAGUCAGCUUCUAAGAGACCAAAUUAACAGAAAAUCAGAAAUUGGCAAAAAUAUUGCCGCAAUUAUGUCGACUGGAGAUAUGGUCCCUGACUUUAUUAUAACAGAACUAGUAAGAAAUAGACUCCAAGAAACAGAUUGCAAAAUGAACGGAUGGGUUCUAGACGGAUUUCCAAAAACAGUCGAACAAAUAAGGUCACUAAAAGAAUUCAAAAUCCAGCCAUCUCAUGUGUUUUUCUUGGAAAGCUCAGAUGCAUUAGUAUAUGAAAGAAUUGAGCAGAGAAGGCUAGAUCCAGUCUCAGGGAAAUUUUAUAGCGUUACUUCACUUCCAGAAGAUCAAGGCUUAAGAGACCGCUUAGUGACUCUUGAAGAAGAUUCCCAUGAAGCUGUGAGAAAAAGACUCCAAAAUUAUAAAGAACACUCCACAAAGCUGCACGCAGAAUUCGCCAAAGUUGGGAUGAACAUCAAAGCAGAAUUAGACGAAAAUUUAAUAACUGAGAUGAUUGGAGACGCAAUUGAAAAUUCAAUCCCACACGAGUUUGAUUAA